CUUUUAUCGAUCCUUGGCCAUAUGCAAACAGGCAGAGGCAACCACCACCGUCUGGCUUUGAAAUGGAGAAUCCGUCCUCUUGAGCAGAGAUUCGUGAGCCCAAACCUAGCUUCCAUUCAUAUCUCCCCAUUUUGUCAUCCAAGAAUCGUUAAAUCUUCUUCGCGAUGCAGCCUCCAUUUCCCUCAUUCACGCCAACAUGGCACAAUGAUACAUACCCAGCGAUUGACCCCACCAAAAAAGAGCUUAGUCAAACAGGAAAGACCGUGAUCAUUACCGGAGCUGUGAGUGUCUUCACGUAUAAUAAUUCUGUGUUUGUUCCGCUUAUACAAAGUCCAGGGAAGUGGGACCGGACGUCAGACAGCCAUAGCUUUUGCUACAGCUGGAGCCAAACACCUGGUGCUUAUCGGCCGAACAGAGGCAGACCUCAUUGACACUCAGAAGCUGAUUCCUGCCCCGACCACAAGUGCUGUGUUCCCAGUCUCAGUUUUGGACGAAGAGGGAAUUAAGAGAGUUGCAACAGAGGUCGGUAGUUGGAACGUGCUUAUAAUGGGAGCAGCACACAUCCCCAAACCGGCUUCCACUGUCAAUACUGAACUUGCAGACUGGUGGUUGACAUAUGAGGUACAGUUUAUAUUCAAUCAUCAAUGUUGAUGCAUACUAAUGAAUAGUUAGACGAACGUCAAGUCUAUUGUGAUAGCGGCCCAAGCCUUCUUUCCAAUAGCGGCCCCAGAGGCUGCUGUGUAUGCCAUCACUGCUGGUAAGUGAUUGCUUGAUCGUUUUGUUACUGAAAACUCUUAACGCUUACAGGCGCCAUGGCGUUGCCACCCGCAUAUACUCCCAACCUUUCGGGAUAUCUAAGCUCCAAGGCAGCACAGGUGAAGGUCAUGGAAUCUUUUGCUACCGAAAAUCCAGAACUAUUUAUCUGCACUCUCCAUCCCAGCAUGCUAGAUACAAAAGUCUUCCGAUCUUCUGCAGCCGAUGCGAGCAAAUUACCCAUGGAUACUUGUGAGUGUCAUUCAUGACAAUGAGCUUAUGAUGAGCUUAACUAAUAUAUUCCUCGCAGAUGACCUGGAAGCUCAUUUCAUGGUCUGGCUUACACAGCCAAAAAAACAAGUUCUUGCAGGGACGUAUGGUGUGGGCCAACUGGGACGUAGAUGAGCUUUCAGCACAAUCGGAGAAAAUAUCAAAUGAGGCAUUGCUGACCCUUGGAUACAAUGUUGGCCGUUUGAAUGAUUCGUUGAACGAAUUGCACCUCAG